GCUGUUGAGUGUAUAAAAUGUUGACUAGGUGACAAGGGUUAAAAUGGUUCUCAAUUCCAAUAAAAAUAUAAAUGGCAAAGGAAAUAAAUAGUUUUUGUAUUAAAAAACCAGUAUCCCACAAUACUUAACAAUGGAAAAUUAUAUACUAUACGAUACUGUUCAAGAAAAUGUAUUUCCUCGUAGUACGUCGACCAAUGACACAAAAAAGUUACAUGAUAUUUGUAAUUGGAAUGAAAUUGAGAAUGUAGUAAUAGAAUACCACGAUUUAGAUAGUACUAUUUACAUAGAUUACAAAGAACUUCUUGCUGCAAAAACUAUGCUCUCUAAUUUGUUACAGUCCAUAAAAGGUUUUGAGUUUAUUGGUAUACAUUUUAAUGUUCCUGAAUAUUGUGUGGUUUCUUUAAUGCUUGGGAUUUUAUCUAGUAAACAUAGCUUUGUCAAUAUACCAUUUAACACAACAGAGUAUUCGAAGUUGAAAAAUAUAUUGUAUAUACAUUAUUUAUUUUCUAAAGAUAUAAUUGAGGGAGAUGUUAUAAAGCAGUUUACUAUUCAUAAUGAAUGUAUAUACCUAGUGAAGUUGAAAGAUAUUCAACAACAAAAUAAGCAUUAUAAUAAAGGAAAUCAUUAUGCUUAUGCUAUUACUACUUCUGGUUCAAGUGGUAUACCAAAGGUUGUUAAAGUGUCCCAUGCUUCUAUAGUUCCUAACAUUUUAGAUUUGAACACAAAGUUGAACAUUAAGAAAUAUGAUAAAAUUGCUCAAUUUACAAAUUUUACAUUUGAUCCAAGUAUAAUUGAAAUUUUUCUUGCUCUUUCAUGUGCUGCAACAUUAUUUAUAGUUUCAAAAACAUUGAAGAACAACACUAACAGAUUCUUAGAAGAAGCUUAUUCUAGUCAAAUUUCUGUACUACAAAUGACACCUUCUGUCUUUUUGUACAAUUGGACAAGUGAAAGAUUAAAAGCCACUAUUCUAAGUAAUAACACUUCACUUAGAGUCCUUCUUUUAGGAGGAGAACCCUUUCCUAAGUUAGAUUUACUUCUUCAAGCAAAACAUCCUGAUAAUAAUACACUAAUUUAUAAUAUUUAUGGUAUUACUGAGGUAUCUUGCUGGGCUAGUAUUAAUGAAGUUACAGUUUCAAAUUUGCAAUGUGACAUACAUUAUCUAGGACAAGUACUAUCAGAAACUAUCUUUCAAGUUAGAAAUGAAAAAGGAGACAUAGUAACAAAUGGUACAGGCAUUCUCUAUAUAGGGAGUAAUAGCAGGAUCUGUGAAAUAGAUGAUGAAAAUGUUGCAGAUUUAGAACUACCAAUAUUUCGUGAUAGUGGUGACACAGUUUAUAUUGAUGAAGAAGACAGGAUAUUUUAUAAAGGAAGGAGUAAUAGUAUCGUUAAACGAUUUGGAAAUAAAAUAAAUCUAACAGAUCUUGAGAAAUUGGCAUUACAAUUAGAUUUUGUUAAAAAUUGUUAUGUAUUAUGGGAUGAGACCUGCCACAAACUGUAUUUAUGUAUAACUGCUAAGGAAGAAGUAACGAAUGAACAAAAUAUAAAUGUAGUUAUAAUGGAACACUUACAAAAAUUACAUCCCUUAUGCAGACCAGAUAACAUUUUUUUCUUAGAUCACUUUGAGCUUACCUCAAGUGGAAAAAUUUCUAUAAAUAAUUUAAAGAAAUAUAUAAAAGAGAAAAUGAUAAAUACAGUCACAAACAAUAUUGAUAUCCAAACUGUUGAACAAAUUUUUAAGUCUGUCUGGACAAGUAACUUAAAAUGUGAAAACAAUGGGUUCGUGAAAUUAGGUGGUACAUCUAUAAUAGCAUUGCACAUAUCAAAUACUAUAUCUAAGGAAGUAAAUAAGGAAUUUCCUGAAUUAAUUGGUAUGCUUUUAAAUGACGCUACCAUUGAUGAAUGUUUCACUUAUAUCAAGGACACUCUAUUGAGCAAUUCCAAUGAUUCACCAGCCACUUUGUUUCAAUAUGCUUCCGAUAACAAUCAAAUAAUACCUUUAACUCAUACUAUUAUAAAAGAUCAAUCAUUAUCAACUGAAUCUGAUACAAAAAAUCUAAAUUCUGAAACAGUAAAUAUGGAAAAUCAAGUUUGUACGUACCAGUGGCAUAAAUGCAGAGGACAAUUAAGUAAUAGUACUGUGACUGUAAACGACGCAUCUAAGCUACAAUAUAAAACUAUUUCUAAAAUAGAAAUAUUGAAAAUGUAUGAUUUACGCAAAUGCAUAGACGCAUCGCCAACUGUAUUUCAUUACUCAAAUGGAAGGACGUAUGUAACAGUCGGUUCACAUUCCGGGUUAAUAAUUACAUUUCUACUAGAUACGGAAAGUUGUUUUUCUGCGUUUGUAGUACAACUACCUAAUAGAAUUGAAGCAUCAGUUCUAAUACUAGAUGAUUUUAAGGGCAUUGUGGGAUGCCACGAUGGUAACGUGUAUUGCUUCGAUUUAAAAUCGGGAAAAGUUUUCUGGAAAUAUCAAACAGGGGAUAUCGUAAAAUGUUCAGCAAUAUUUUGUAAAGCACAACAAAAUAUAUUUGUUGGUUCUUACGAUUGUUAUAUAUACUGUCUUUCCGCGAAGGAUGGAUCUGAAAUUUGGAAACACAAGACUAGCAACGGACGUAUUAGUGCUUCCGGUUGCCUACAUUCAUCAUCAAAUUGUGUACUAUUUGGAGCAUUAGAUGGUUCCUGUUUGGCAUUGGAACAAUCAUCAGGAAAAUUAAUGUGGGAACAUAAAUUAACAGAUCCCAUUUUCAUUGCACCAAUAACGUUAAACAAUGGGCUUGUCUUAUUUUGCUCUGUAACAGGAACAUUAACAUGUUUUGACAUCACAGUUAAUGCUAAGAUGUGGCAGUACAAAGUAAAUGGAAACGUGUUUUCCUAUAUCGUGAAGCAAAAUGAUAUACUCACAGGACGCGAAAUUAUUAUCUUAGCUAGUCAAGACAAAAAUGUGUAUUGUUUCGAAUCAACAAACGGAAGAUUUGAAAACGAACCUAUCUUAAAGUUUAUAUUGUACCUCGAGUCACCAGUUUUUGCUACUCCCUGGUGGGAGGACAAUAUUUUAUUUAUAGCAUGUACAGAUGGUACUUUAUAUAUUUAUGACUUUACAACAAACAGAUUAACAAAAACUGAGAAGCUUCCUGGUGAAGUUUUUUCAUCGCCAGUUGUUCACAAUGACGUGGUAGUGAUUGGAUGUCGGGACAAUAAUGUUUAUGUAUUAAAACUUACAGACAAUUGAACGUAUUUACUGCUUCUUCUUGUUGUUGUAAAUGAAUUUGUUGUUUUUAUAUGUGACAGAAAAAGUUUGGAAUACAAACUAAUGAAAUUAAUACAAUACCGUUUAUUUUUUUUGACUGUCACAUUACAGUUACGUGAGUAACACUUUAGAUAAAGUAAUGGCGGAACAUGUAGCCAACCUCCAAUGAAUUUCGUACAUGAUACGAAUUUGCGGUGCGCUUAUAUUUUAAGCAAGAAUGCAAGCAAAUAAAAAAAUCUGAGAAACAGCCAAUCACUCAGUAACAAAACAUUCACGCAUACAUUAAUGCACACGCAUAGCACUUCUAAAAACAAUGCAUAUUCGUGUAUAGUUAUCUUCUUUCAAUUCAUCGAUACUCCCUCUUAGCUGAUAAUGAUCAUAAAUACAGGAGAAGGAAAUAUUCUGGUUCUUAAGCUCACAUAAAAUAACAACGUUUCAACGAUUCCAUCUUCUCUAUACUCUCAUUCUUGUAAUAGUUGAGAACGAGAAAGAAUAUACAUAUAUCUAUUUAAUUUAUAUUUAUACGCUUGGCCGCUUUUUCAAUUUUUCUUUUCUUCUCCUAAUAUUUCGAUACAGAUUCUCUCUUGUAAAUCUUUUCCGUUACAGGUAACUGUCCGUUGUGAGUACUUUAGAUCAUGCUUUCAUCAGUUUGCAUUUCUGUUUCAUUGUACAUAGUUGAAGUUUCAAAUAAUACCGGAACUAAAUGUGCAGGAAUAUGAUAUAGCUUCUAUUACUAGACGUGGCAUCGUCACACUAUUUCUCAAUAUCCGCGUGCAGAUUUACCUUGAUUCUCUUUUAAAUUAGCUUCGUCUUGUACCUUACAUCAUAAUGCAUUUCGAUGGCCGCGAGUAACAGUACAUCUAUAGGAUUCUUUAGCGUUUACAAUUUCGAUGAACGGUAAUCUCUAUAUUCUUUCGUUUGAUAGUUAAAAUAUGAUAUAUUUAUGAAGUCGUGGCAAUCGUCGCUAUUAUGUUUACUCUAAAAACGCACUGGUGGUGGUAAAUGCAUGGAGACAAUACGAAUCGUCCUAUAAAUUUUAUUUUGCUCUCCAUUCAGAAUGUAUCGAAAAUAUUAAAAUCACAAACGGUACAGGUUUUUCUCAUCAUCGACCUUUUUCGAAAGAAGUCGUAUCCGCGUGUUUCAGACAAAAUGUAACAAGGAUAGUACGUAGAAUGAUAUUUGGAUAAACUUAAAGAUAAAUUUCGAAUGUUUCCUUUUUUCUGCCCUUGGUAAUUCUCCGCGAAAGAGAAUCUAGAAUUAUUAGGCGUGAGCCCUGAGCAGAUCGUAUCUGCUUUGGGACUCGAAUGAACACCGACGCGGUCGGGAAAAUACGCAUUAAAUUACGUUGCUCACUCGUUUUAUUUUCUUUUUUUUUUUCUUUAAAUUCAGGAUGAACUAGUUUUUCGAAUGACCAGCAGCGGUAAUUAUCUUACGAUUACUGGUCCUCGUCGCCUAGGUCUUGUUUCACUUUUUUAAAGUCGAAUUCCUCCCCAGUGGCUCGCUUAAAUAUAUCAAGAACAUCUAAACAGGUUGUUUCAAAAUGCGUUGUGGCGUCAUAACUCGUCGAUAUGAAAAUUUGACUAUUCAGCCCGUCAUCGACCGGCUCCAUGUAAUCGGAUACUGAUAUGAACUUUUGUCUGAUCGGGCCAAGCAAAUCCAAACCGGGUUUAAUCU